AUGGGAGGAGGCGGCGGUGCUCCUGGCGGUUACCCUAACGUCUGGGCGUUAACCGGCGGGUGGUACUGCGACCCGAAAUACUGGCGUCGUAACACCGCCUUCGCCUUGGCCGGCAUCUUUGCCGUUUGCGUUCCGAUCGCCCUGACGUCAGCACGGCUUGAGCAACGGCCGAGUGCCCCGAGCCGCGCCAUUCCCUCCCAGAUGUGGUGCUCCAACUUCCCAACUGAAUCAAAUCAAGCGUCAGAGGAGUGA